AUGCUAAUGACAGUAGAAGCAGCUAUAGCCGACCUAAAAGAAAGUUUUACAGACCUAGAUGCUCGGACUCUAUACCUAGAGGGGAAGGUUAAAGAAUUCACUGUAGCUCAUGCAACGGUGGGAGAUCGGCUGGAUGCAAUAGAAGAUAGGAUACUCCAACAUGAAUUAAAGUUAACCGAUGUGGAGGAUAGAUCCCGUCGUAAUAAUAUUCAGCUACGCGGAGUCCCUGAAGAAGUCGAAAUAAAGGACUUGGAAUCAUAUAUGAGAGGUUUAUUCCUGACCAUCUUGCCAGACAUACCACCAGAAAUGCUCUUACUCGACCGUAUACACAGACUUGCUAGACCACAGCAUUUGCCUACAUCUACACCAAGGGAUGUGCAAUUAAGACUUCAUUAUUAUCAAGGUGAAUGA